AUGAGCGACGACGUGAUAUGGCACUGCAUCCGCCACAACCACUGCAGCUUCAUGGCCAAGAUCGAGACGGGGAUAUUCUGCCGGAACCCCUACAACGCCACCGGCAUAUGCAACCGGAGCUCCUGCCCGCUCGCCAACAGCCGCUACGCCACCAUCCGGGACCACGACGGUGUAUUCUACUUAUACAUGAAAACUGCUGAAAGGGCUCAUCUGCCAAAAAAAUUAUGGGAGAGAGUCAAACUACCCAGGAACUAUGAGAAGGCAAUGGAAAUCAUCAACAAGCAUCUUGAAUUUUGGCCCAAGCUACUUGUGCACAAGAUCAAACAGCGUCUGACAAAAAUGACUCAGUAUCGGAUAAGAAUGAGGAGACUCCAACUUAAAGUGAGAGAGAAGAUAAUGACAGUUCCCAGGAAGAAAACUCAGCGUGAUCUCCGAAGAUUGGAGAAAGCUGAAAAGGCUGCUCAACUAGAUAAGAGUAUUGAAAGUGAGCUAAAGGAACGUCUGAGGAAAGGUGUUUAUGGUGAAAUAUAUAAUUUCCCCUUCAAGCAGUUUGAUACCAUCCUUGACAUGGAAAAGGAUGAGUUGGCUACUGAGAUAGAAGAGGAAAAAGAAGGUGAGAUAGAGUAUGUUGAAGGCGAUGAUAUCGAGAUGGGUGACAUGGACGAUAUGGAAGAUUUUGAAGGUUUUGGUGAUGAAGAUGAUGAUGGAGAUGAAGAUGAUGAUUUGGAUGAGCCAGCAACAAAGAAGCCCAAGCUACCAGGCUCCGAUUCAAGGUCAAAGAUUGGGCGGAAGUCUACGAAGGUUAUCACAGAGGUGGAAGAAGACGAGGACAGGGGUAGCAGGCAAAGGACGCGAAUGUGA